AACUGCGCCAGACAACGGGAUGUCAACUCUCAUAGACAUUAUCACACAGAAUACUUCAGUGCUACCGCGACAAUGGUGAUAGUCAUUUAAAGGAGGAUGUGCAUCAUAUAUGAAUUUGUGAUGUGAAAUGUUUUGAUGACAGACUGCGUGAACCGGCCAAGGUUGCACAAUUCUUGGCGUGUCUCAGUUCGGAUGUGAACGUCAAGUGUUAUAUUCCCGACUUUCGGAAGGUGGAAUAAUGUUGUGUUUGUUGUCCAAGAACGAUCCAUGUCGACGCUUUGUGAAUUUCCCACUUAAAAGUACUUCUGGAACCUGACGACCCUACUCAACGCUAUGGGAAGCAGCUGUUCGUCUGGGCUGGACAAGGGAAGAUCACACUCAGAUCCUGGACGGUCAAAAGGUUCUCAAGGCCGACAGAAACGCGUGCAGAGCUUAACGUCAUCGAGUGCAGUUAACCUGCACGUGGACGAGCCCUCGAAAGCGACCAACCAAUCAAAGCCAAACACAUCUGAAAAUGAGGCCAGUCCGAGCAUGGAAGGUCGAGCUCAGAUAAAAUUAGCAUCUGCAAAUGUUCAAAAUAUGUCGUUCAGGGUCCAAACACCGGUUAGGUCUCAUCGAACAAGCCAGACGUCCAUGGGCCUGAAAGGAAUCAGCCUUGAAGAUUAUCCGAAGUACGUGCAGCAUCUGUUGCUAGGCAACGUGAACGAGUUCCACGAUGAGAGGCCCAGAGAGAUUCGUCUCUUCGUCGCAGCCUGUGAAUCAGACAGUUGCGUGGAGAGACUUGCAAUUAUGCGCGACGUGUUCCAGCCUCUAUCUGAUAUGUGUUACAGUCAUGGGUUCAGCUUGGAAAUCCUUGAUCCUCACUGGAUAGGAACCAACCAAUCAGCACAAAGCCAGAGGUCUCUGACCAAUCAUCUACUGCGAGGAAGUGGGAAUGUACCGACUCUUAUGUUGAUAUUGGAAGGUUGA